AUGUCAAAUCCGUACCAGCUGCAGCAGCAGCAGGCCGCGGCCUCUGGCAGCAACUCGCCCCUUGCAACUCCCGUUCCCAUCAAGCGAGGGCGUGGACGUCCACCAAAGAACCGCGACCCCAACGCUCCAACACCUGUCAAAGCAGCGCCACCCCCGCCCAAGCCAACACCGCAGCCUCGCACCUCUCACAUCACCUCGCCACGUCUCCGCGCAGCACAACCCACCGCCUACUCUACGGGCUCACCUUUCCAACCGCCACCGCCUACUGGCUACCCAUCGCAUAGUCUCGGACCCGGCAUUCUUGAACAGCAGAACGUCUUCUACCAGCCUGUAACUGGCGGUCCGCAUUCUUCACCCCACAGCGUCCCCUCUUUCCCGUCGAUACCGACGUUUCAGCGCCAGCAAGAGUUGCAACAGCAGCAGAGUCAGCAGAUCGUUCGUGAAGCACAACAAGCGAGAGCUUCCAGCGUGCGAAGGGAAAGUGCGGAAGCCGUCUCGUCGGCUAUCACCUCAUCGCCUGCAUCAUCUUCAGCUGCGCCUCAAAUUCCUAUGUCUGGCGGCGCGACCUCGACACCCGCCGAAGGCACAAUCAUGACCGCUGCUGGAGGAUCAAUCGGUGCUGGUCUCGGACAAGCUGUCGGCAAUGCGGGCGCUUCAUCUGCCAGCCGCACACGCCGCAAAGCAGAUGCCAACGAGCCCGAGCUCAAGCUUCCCGAAGCGCACGAUGACGGCUGGAUGAACGAGCCCGCCGAUGCUGCUGAGGCUCAACGUGCUUAUUCCGCAGUCGUUGCCUGCAUUCGCAACCACGUCGACGCCACUGGACGCAGGCUAGCCGAGCAACUCGAAGAAUGCCCUGACCCGGAAGUCGAUCCCGAUUUCUACGAACAGGUCGAAAAGCCUACAUCGCUCUCUGCCAUCUCGCAACGGAUCAGCGAGGGCGAGUAUCCAAAAGCAUCCGACUUUGAGAUGGACAUGCUCCAGCUCUUCGAGAAUGCGCGCAGACUCCAUCCUGUCGGCAGCCAGUCGUACGGUGAUGCCGUCGUGCUGCAUCGCCUCUACCACGAGAUCACCAAGGCCAAGCCGUCACGUAAGGAGCCCAUCACAGCAGAAGCCGUCAUGACGGCCGCUGCACAAGCCGAUGCUAGCCGACACUUUUCGUCGAUCCCGCACGGUCCGCUCUACGCCAGCGCAGGCUUCAGCGGCGAUCUCACCACCCGCAUCAGCAGCAAGUCCAAGACAUACUACGAGCAUCUCAACCUCAAAGGCAAAGCUUUCCGCGUUGGCGACUGGAUCCACCUCAUCAACCCUUCCGAGCCUACAAAGCCCAUUGUAGCGCAGAUCUUCAAGGUGCUUCGUCGAGAAGAUGAUGAUCCGGAUCAGGGCUGGGUCACCGUCUGCUGGUACUAUCGACCCGAGCAGACCUUUCACCCGGCUUCCAAGAAGUUCUUCCAGGAUGAGGUGGUCAAGACCGGCUACUUUGCGGAUCAUCACAUCGAGGACAUCCUUGAAAAGAUCAUGGUCAUGUUCUACACCAAGUACAUUCGCGGUCGACCCAAGCCCGAGUACUGGGAUCCGCGUAGCCCGCUCUACGUCACGGAGUCGAGGUACAACGAACAGCAGCGUGUCUUCCACAAGAUCAAGAGCUGGGCCAGCUGCGUACCCGAAGAGAUCCGCAAGGUCGAGACGCCCAUGAACUUCUUCGAAAAGGCCAUCGCGCCGCCACCCAAAGAGGAGUCACCUUUCCUUCGAGGCGUUGCUGGUCCAGGUGCUUUGCGUGACGAGGACGCUGCCAACGGCGAGGGCGUCGACUUCCCGGAUCUGUUCAAGGAUGCCCCCGACGAUUUCCGGCCGAAAAAGAAGGGACGCGGAUCGGACGCCGCAAAUGGCGAAGCUGCCAAUGAAGUGUUCACGCGCUUGGCUUCCCUCGUCGCAGCGCGCGUCACUCCUGACCAGUACCUUCGUCUGCAACAGCUGCUAUCGACACCGCAAGCUGCUACGCUCGACAUUUCACAGCUCAGCAACGAGUUAGGAGGCGUGGACGUCAACAUGCUCAACGAGCUUCGCAACGCCGCCCUCGCUGCGGGGGUCACGUCGGCUGGCUUCGACAAGGUAGCAUCCGAGUCGAAUCCGCCGCAGUCUCAGCAGCCCACUGUAGGCGUUGUUGACCUCGUCCGCUCGCAACGAGGCGAAGGCUUCUACGCCGCACUUCCGCAAGAGACACGAGAUCUCUUUGCUGAUCAGCCUGGCGGUCAGAUCAAUUGGUACGCUGCAGCGCCGCUCGACCUUCCACUGCAGCACGAUCUGCACAAGAAUGGCUUCUACGCUCCUCAGCAAGCUCAUCUGCGCAACCAUACGCUGGACUAUUUGUACCACCAAGCCAGCAUGCGCAACGAGAGCGACGCAUCGACAGAACCGCACAUGCGCAACGGUGGUCGUGCUGCACCCUCGCAGCCACUGCAGCCCAGCGCGUCCGCCAACGGCAACUCGACUCCUCGCGCCAUGCUGACGGGAUCCUCACCCUACGUGCCACACGCUUCGGGCAUGUACGACUUUCUCGCACCCAGCGCACGCAACUCGCCUUUGAUGCGUGCUGGCUAUGGCGCCUACGCCGGUGCCGGAGCGACGGGUCUUGUGGGCUCAGGCAUGCCCGCCGCCAGCAGCAACGGCAGCACGGACGAAGCACUGACGCCGGUCAUGAACCAGAACCAGGGCUGGUACGGCGGCAACGAGUGGGGCGAGGACCCGCAAAAGACGGCCGAAGCAUUGGCCGAGUUCUCGAACCAUUAUAGCGAUGGUGGGCAGCUGAAUCUGUCCCACUACCUCUCGUAG